AUGCUUAGACCGGUCAUCCACUGGAACUCCCCCAAGAAGCUGCGGGUGAAGAACAAGCACGUGGAGUUUUUCCGCAACCUCUACCUGACCUUCCUGGAGUACGACGGCAACCUCCUGAGGCGAGAGCUCUUCGGCUGCCCCAGUGAAGCUGAUGUCAACAGUGAAAACCUCCAGAAGCAGCUCUCUGAGCUCGAUGAGGAUGACCUGUGUUAUGAGUUCCGGCGAGAGCGGUUCACUGUCCACCGAACCCACCUGUACUUCUUGCACUAUGAGUAUGAGCCCGCUUCGGACAACACGGAUGUCACCCUGGUCGCUCAGCUCUCUAUGGACAGGCUCCAGAUGCUCGAGGCCAUCUGCAAGCACUGGGAGGGACCCAUCAGCCUGGCCCUCUACCUGUCGGACGCCGAAGCCCAGCAGUUCCUCCGCUACGCGCAGGGCUCCGAGGUGCUCAUGAGCCGCCACAACGUGGCCUACCACAUCGUGUACAAGGAGGGCCAGUUCUACCCUGUGAACCUGCUACGCAACGUGGCCAUGAAGCACGUGGGCACGCCCUACAUGUUCCUGUCUGACAUCGACUUCCUGCCCAUGUAUGGGCUCUAUGAGUACCUCAGGAAGUCUAUCAUCCAGCUCGAUCUUGCCAACACCAAGAAGGCGAUGAUCGUCCCUGCGUUCGAGACACUGCGCUACCGGCUGUCUUUCCCCAAGUCGAAAGCGGAGUUGCUGUCAAUGCUGGACAUGGGGACUCUCUUCACAUUCAGGUACCACGUCUGGACAAAAGGCCACGCUCCCACAAACUUUGCCAAGUGGCGGACUGCCACCACGCCUUACCGUGUUGAGUGGGAGGCCGAUUUCGAGCCGUACGUUGUCGUGAGAAGGGACUGCCCUGAGUACGACCGGAGGUUUGUGGGCUUUGGCUGGAACAAGGUGGCUCAUAUCAUGGAAUUGGAUGCGCAGGAAUAUGAAUUCAUCGUGCUGCCCAAUGCCUACAUGAUCCACAUGCCUCAUGCCCCCAGCUUCGAUAUCACCAAGUUCCGGUCCAACAAGCAAUACCGCAUCUGUCUCAAAACCCUGAAGGAAGAGUUUCAGCAGGACAUGUCCCGCCGCUACGGCUUUGCCGCCCUCAAGUAUCUCACGGCUGAGAACAACAGCUAA